CACCAUUUUCCUAACCUCUUCUUGAGUUUUCCAUCGAGACUUUUCCUAAGGUGAAAACAAACAAUCAUAAUGAUACCGGGGAGAUUGGGCCUGACUCCAAGUAUUUCAGACAAUUUACUUAGUUUAUCUUGGCACGAUUCGGCAUGGAUUCCAAUACUCAACACAUCAAAUGUGAUGGACUAUUUUUCAGAUCGAUCAAAUCCAUUUUUUGAUCGGACAUGCAAUAAUGAAAUCGUGAAAAUGCAAAGGCUAAAUCCUGAUCAACUGCAAAACAUGACUGGCCUAGAAUAUGUUCUUUUACAUGUACAAGAACCUAUCUUAUAUGUUAUACGAAAGCAACAUAGACAUGGUCCUCAACCAAAUCAAACAACUCCUUUGGCUGACUACUAUAUUAUUGCUGGAAUAGUCUAUCAGGCUCCAGAUUUGGCUAGCGUUUUGAAUUCUCGUCUGCUUUCAACUGUUCACCAUUUACAGUCUUCAUUUGAAGAAGCUUCUAGUUUUUCAAGAUAUCAUCCAAGUAAAGGUUAUUUCUGGGAUUUCAAAUCCCAACGGAAUAGCAAUGAUAAAAUUAAAGCAAAAGAAGAAAAACCUAAAGAGGAACCAAGUUCUAUGUUUCAAAGGAAAAGAGUCGAUAUGCUGCUUGGCGAAUUAAUUAAGAAAUUUCCGUUGCCUUUGCCCCCAUUACCAAAACCAACUCAAAUGGCUGUCACGCCUAAGCAAGAGAAUGAUAAUGGAAAUUCUGAAAAUAAAGAUAAGCCAGAAAUAAAACAGGAGAAAAUCAAACCUCCACCAGAGAAAAAACCUAGGUUGAAUUGAGUUCAUUUAAAUGUAUAAUACUAAUAAUUGUUGACUGAUUAUUUUAAAUUAUUUUGUUAUAAUUAAAAUUCAUAGAAAUA